CGCUUUCAUCUUUACCCUCACAGCAAUAGCAAGACGCAGAGCGAAGUGAGGAGGAGGAGGAGGGGGGUGGAAAGCUUCAUUACCAACACACGCUCACAACUGCUACACUACUUUGCCGAGCGGAGCCCCAGCUCGUAACUCAGUCUGCGACGCGUCGAAAAUAUUACCUUUUGAUUUUUGAAAUCAUCAUUAUUUUUUUGUUUUACAAGUUUAAGAUGAGCUAAUUUUUUUGACUUCUCUCUAAACGAGGAUGUAUUUAAUCUGCAAAAGCAGAAAUAAAAACUCGCCGCGGUGCACGUAGGAGGGGAUGACGGGAUUUCUGAGAGUUACUUGCGGUGAACCCAUCUAAGUUACUCACGUUGGGCAAGUCGCACUUUUAUUUAUUUUUUGUUUCACUUUUUUCUUGUUUAUUUUUCCACCGAGGAGAAUCACUAGCAUCCGGAGCAUUGAAGGGGACAUAUUUGAAGUUUCACCUAUUUUUUAACGGUUUAAAGUAUUCAAUUUCUACGGGAGCGUCACCGAAACAAAUCCAGCGUGUUCCUCCAGUUAAGAAGGCACAUCUGAGAUGAGCGUUUUGGUUGAUCUUUUAGGAGAUUUUAAGCAACCAAACUGAAGACAGCCGCACAAGAAACGUGCACUAGCAUCACCGUAAACGAUUAAAUCUGAAGACGUGUUUGGUAUUUUGGUUCUGACUCAAGAGAAUCCGUACCGCUUAAUCAGAGUCAUAACACGCAGUUCUACUGUUGCUCUAGUCAAAACACAAGCCGCGUGUGCAGACCGCUGAGGCUGCUCACCAUUCACUUCAAGUGUGCUAACAUUUCCAGGAGUUUUUCCGGUUUCUUUCGGGGGAUUUAGAUCAUUUACUAAACACGGUUAGAAGUGCCUUGCUAGGGGUUAUCGACUUUCACCCGAACCAAAAUGCCACAAUUAGCCGGAGGAGGUGGCGGCGGGGAUCCGGAACUUUGCGCGACCGAUGAAAUGAUCCCUUUCAAAGACGAAGGGGAUCCGCAGAAAGAGCAGAUAUUCGCCGAAAUAAGUCACUCGGAAGAAGAAGGGGAUUUGGCAGAUAUCAAGUCGUCUUUGGUGAAUGAAUCGGAGACGAACCCAAAUAGUAACAGUCAUGAGGCAGACAGACAGUCCCAUGAUUCAUACCACGAAAAACACAGAGACCAUCCUGACAACGGGAAGCAUCAGGAUGUGUACAACAAAGGGCAUUCCUACCAGGGCUAUCCAGGUUACAUCAUGAUGUCAAACAUGAACAAUGACUCUUACAUGAACAACGGCUCCAUCUCCCCAACGAUGCCCAGAACGUCCAACAAAGUUCCCGUGGUGCAGCCGUCCCACGCGGUCCACCCCCUGACCCCUCUGAUCACAUACAGUGAUGAACACUUCGCCCCCGGGCCGCAUUCGGGACACCACCCUGCAGACGUCAACUCCAAACAAGGUAUGCACAGGCAUCACCCAGGCCCUGACAUCCCCAACUUCUACCCUCUUUCUCCUGGCUCGGUCGGACAGAUCACCCCACCCCUGGGAUGGCAGGGUCCGCCUGGGUACCCAAUCUCAGGCGGAUUUAGGGAUUUCUACCCCGCCCCUCACCCAGCUGACCACCCCACAGCCAGGUUCCCUCAUCACAUGGUGCCUGGCCCCCCAGGGCCCCACGCCACCGGCAUCCCCCACCCGGCCAUCGUUAACCCCCAGGUGAAGCACGAACCCCACCAAGACAGCGACCUCAUGCACAUGAAACCUCAGCACGAACAGAGGAAAGAGCAGGAGCCCAAAAGACCUCACAUCAAGAAACCCCUGAACGCUUUCAUGCUCUACAUGAAAGAGAUGCGGGCCAACGUGGUGGCCGAGUGCACGCUGAAGGAGAGCGCCGCCAUCAACCAGAUCCUGGGCAGGAGGUGGCACGCUUUAUCUCGCGAAGAGCAGGCUAAGUAUUAUGAAUUAGCCCGCAAGGAACGGCAGCUCCACAUGCAGCUCUACCCAGGCUGGUCCGCCAGAGACAAUUAUGGAAAGAAGAAGAAGCGGAAGAGGGAGAAGCUCCAGGAGCCUGCAUCAGGAGGAAAGAGGAACGGUUUCCCAUCAUGCAAAGCAAAGGCAGCAGCUACAGGGCCCCUUUUAGAGAUGGAAGCCUGCUAGAUUCCAUACCCCCCC